AUGAUUCUUUUAACAGAGCACCCAAAGACAUCAGACCUCUCUGUUGACUGCAAGGCUGCUCCUUUUGGCCACUAUCUUGAGGAACAAACUCAUGGAGACCAUCCUUUUAAAUGCAGUGAAGUUGUUGAAGCCUUGAGUGUGAAAUAUAGAAUUUCUCAGAAUGAGAACAUUUGCCCUGGAAAGAAACCCUAUCAAUAUCGUGACUCUGAAAAAGACCUCGGAGGUUAUUUACACCUUCGGUCACAUAAGAGAAUUCUUCCUGGGGAAAAAUCUUAUGGAUGUAAAAAAGAUGAAAAUGCCUUCAUCAAGAGUUCUUACUUAACUGUUCAGGAGAGACAACAUACAAGAGAGAAAUCCUAUGAAUGCAGUGACUGUGGGGAAAUCUUAAAUUCAAUCUCAUGCCUGAAGAAGCAUGAAAAAACUUACAUUGGAGAGAAGUCUUUUAAGUGUGGUCAGUGUGGUAAAGUAUUACAGAACCGCUCAUCCAUUAAGUUGCACAUGAGAACCCACACUGGAGAAAAACCAUUUAAGUGUUAUCAAUGUGGGAAAGCCUACAGCUCAAACUCUUACCUUACACGUCACAAGAGAAUUCAUACUGGGGAGAAGCCCUAUGGGUGCCAUGACUGCGGAAAAACCUUCAGAGAUAGCUCACUUCUCAGACAACAUUCGGAGACUCAUUCAAGAGAAAAACCCUAUAAAUGUAAUCAAUGCAACAAAACCUUCAGUAGAAGCUCUAGGCUUACCAUACACCAGACAACACAUACUGGAGAGAAACCUUUUACAUGUAAUGACUGUGGGAAGACCUUCAGUAUCCUCCCAUAUUUUCAAAGACAUAAGAGAAUUCACACUGGAGAGAAAUCCAUUAAAUGUAGCCACUGUGGAAAAGCACUAAGUAGUCAGGCAUCUCUUAAGACACACCUCCGGAUUCAUACCGGAGAGAAACCUUACAAGUGUGAUCAAUGUGGGAAAACUUUUAGAUUGAGCUGUAACCUUACCACACACAAGAAAAUUCAUACCGGAGAGAAACCCUGUAAGUGUAAUGACUGUGGAAAAGCAUUCAGAGAUCGCUCAUGCCUUAAAGAACAUGUGCGAAUUCACACUGGAGAAAAACCCUUUACAUGUAAUCAAUGUGGAAGAGCCUUCAGAGUGAAGUCUUUCCUCUGUGGAAGGGCUUUCAGCAGGCGUGUGUCCCUUACUAUACACAUGAGAACUCACACUGGGGAGAAACCCUAUGAGUGUAAUGAAUGUGGAAAAUCCUUCAGUGUAAAGUGUAAUCUCACUGUGCACAAAAGAGUACAUACUGGAGAAAAACCCUAUAAAUGCAGUAUAUGUGGACAAGAUUUCAGUAAACCCUUAUCCCUUUGGCGUCAUGAAAGAAUUCAUGCCCAGUAA